ACUUUGGAAAGAGGCUUCGAACUUCAAAAACCCAAACGGUCUCUUCAAUGCAACAAACCAAAAACCAUUAAAACCAAAGCAAAAUCCUCACCACUGAAAUUUUGAAAAAUCUCUCUCUUCCACAAUACUCCAAGUCUUAGAGAGAGAGAGAGAGAAACCCAAAAGAGAGAGAGGACUAGAUUUUCUCAGACAGACAAAGAUAUUCUACUCCAAAGAGCUAGAAAGAGAUAGAGAGAGAAAUGACAGGUCCUGUAAUGGUGACUAGAGGAGGAGGAUGUGGUGGUGGAGCUUCUUCUGGUAAAGGAGCUAACAAGGGAGCCAAAAGCUCGGAUGAAGAGCAAAACCAGCUUCCACUGCUGACUUUUCUCGUCGCUGCUCUGAGGAAAUCCAUGGUUGCCUGCAGAGUUGAUAGAGGGGAAGAUGUUAUCUCCACCGUUCAUCACAUGGAAAUCGGAUGGCCAACAAAUGUUCGCCACAUAACCCAUGUCACAUUUGACCGCUUCAAUGGAUUUCUGGGUCUUCCUGUUGAGUUCGAGGUUGAGAUUCCUGGUCGAGUUCCCAGUGCGAGUGCAAGCGUCUUUGGCGUCUCAGCAGAAUCAAUGCAAUGUUCAUAUGAUUCUAAAGGGAACAGUGUACCUACCAUUCUCCUCCUGAUGCAAGAGCGGCUAUACUCACAAGGAGGAUUGAAGAAAGAAGGUAUAUUCCGGAUAAACCCGGAAAACAGCCAAGAGGAGCAUGUAAGAGACCAGUUGAACAGAGGAAUUGUGCCCGAUGAUAUUGACGUCCAUUGUUUAGCAGGUCUAAUUAAGGCCUGGUUUCGUGAGCUUCCUUCAGGGGUGCUAGAUGGACUUUCCCCUGAACAAGUACUACAAUGCAACACAGAAGAAGAAUCCGUUGAGCUCGUGAAGCAACUAAAGCCUACCGAGGCUGCAUUACUUAACUGGGCUAUUGAUCUUAUGGCUGAUGUUGUUGAGGAAGAGGAAGCCAACAAAAUGAAUGCAAGAAAUAUUGCCAUGGUUUUUGCUCCCAACAUGACUCAGAUGUCUGAUCCAUUGACGGCACUGAUGCAUGCGGUUCAAGUAAUGAAUUUGCUCAAGACCCUUAUCACGAAAACGGUGAGAGAACGCGAGGAGAAUGCAACUGGAGGAUAUUCACCAAUGUCUUCUUGUUCAUCUGAUCAUCAAACUGAUGAAGAUUUUGAUAGUCAGCAAGAGAUGGAUACCAGCAGUGAAUUUCAAGAGCAAGCAUCAGAUUAUGAUGACAAUGCCCAUUACAGCCAUGGCAGUGAAGAUUGCAGUGAAGACGAAGAUGAAGCUGAAGAUGAAAAUAAAGAUGGUGAUGGCGAUGGCAAUGAUGAUGAAGUUCAAUCACUCACUGAAAUAGAAGAAAGCUUUUUAAGGCAAUUGGAUGGAGACAAAACUGUCACAAAUAGCUUUAUGGAUCAUUCUGCUGGUGAUUUGCAAGAGGAGGAGUGUAUGAGUCCUCGAUGUUGCUCAGGCAGCAAAGUGGAGUCUGGCAUAUCAUUUUCUGACAGCAAAGAUGGAAAUUCUGCAUUAAGUACAAGUGAUGGGGAAGCCUACUCAGGCAAAAGUCUGGUAACCAUGGGAAAGAAUGUUCAUACAGAGAGCCCCUCAAUAGAAUGUGCAAAAAUGAAAGACAAGGAGAUGAACAGAUUUGUGGAGUCUAUUUCACCAGUUCCAUUAUUUUCAUCUAAUGAAUCUAUCUGAUCUGGACAUUUUCUUCUCCAAAGUGAUAUGGAGAAUGCUUAGCUCCGUAAUUUUGGUUUGCUCUCUAUAGUCAUGUUUGCUUCUGUAAAUUAAUAUGAUGCCCCUGCAAGUAGCUUAUUAAACUGAUCUUCGGAACGUUUGUUUGUGAUUUUUGAUUGUGGCUUGUGAGAGAGAGUCAGGAUUCAGCUUUAGGCUGAAGGUUGUGAUUGAUGAUGAUGAUUAUCUGUGUUCAGCUGUAGAAAGGAUUUCUAACCUUUGACAUUUCAGAUUGUAAUGAAUUAUUGUCAAAGUCUUGGUUCCAUUACCAUUUUAUGGAAUGUUUGUGAAGUCUUAGGAUAGUGUUUGUGUACUGUGCUUGACUAGCAUGAUCUCUCGAAUUGAGUGGAGUGCUUGAUUGUAUUUCAAUUCUAAUGCUCAUAAUCACAGUUUUUCACGAAGUAACUCAA